AAUAGACACACAAAGGGAAAGAAAAAGGGAGGGAAUUAGACUGGAGAAAGUUUCUGUUUGGAUCCCCACUUCUCCUUUCCCCUGGAUACCCUUUGUUACAGUUCAUCCGGGGAAGUGGAGAAUGCAAUUCAUGGAUCUUUUUUCUCAUCUCUAACCCAUUGAAGGGGGAGGACUGCACUUGUUGCAGUUGUAAGGUGCUUCGUUGUUCAUAAAUGUCAUGCUAAGAUAUUUAGAGACUGAAUUUCUAUAAUGGGUGCUUGUGUAUCAUCUCCAUAUUUAGCAACUAAACCAUCAAAAAGUAGUAGAGUAAGGAGGUACUACGGACGCUCCAAAAAGAGACACGUGAAAUCAGCUUCAGAGAAGGGAGGUCACAUGGCCACAGAUUUCGCCGUUAGUGAGUUUGUCCACACAACUACCAAAUGCAGUAGAUCAUCAGUCUCUAAUUCUACUUUCCAUCUCACUCAGCUUCAAUUUCACCACAGUCAAAUUGAUGUCAAUGCAAUGUACCAGGAAGAAUGGUUUGACACAGUCAGCUUACUGGAAUCCGUCUCUGAUGAUGACUUUAGUAGUGUACAUGGAGAUUAUGUCCCAUAUGCAAAUGGGCAAGUUCUUCACUGUGAAGUAGAUAGCAAGAGUAAUCUUAAAGACUUGUUCUCAAGCAAAGAUGGAGUAAUGCUAAUAGAUACCCAAAGAAAAGAGCAUUCUGGCUUAGUGAACAGUGAAGAUUCUGGUUCCGUGAAGACACUAAAACUAGACCGGGCCUACUUAAGUUUUAACGGUAUCAAAGUUGAUACUAGUGAGCCUGAUGAUAAGACGUCCGAGACCAUAUUGAAGUCUGUCUUGCCGGCAUUGGUUCCCACCUUAAGUGUCAACAACAAGAUGCACAACGCAGAAACCCAAUCUCAAAGAAAGUCAGCAACUAUUAUCAGGCUCUCCAUCACUCAAAAGUCUAUUGAGGAAGAAACAAAUGAAUUUUGUGCAUCAGCAACAAAGUAUCUUUAUCGCCCUAGGGCCGGCUUAUUGAUUCCUUGUACAACUGACGAAAAGCCAACUCCUGGAAGUUGGUCCGAGAUUCUGCCAUCCACGUUUAAGCUCCGUGGACCUAGCUUUUUCAAAGACAAGAAGAAGAAUCCUGCACCAGAUGUCACUCCUUUCAUUCCAAUCGGCGUGGAUCUUUUUGCAUGCCAGAAAAAGAUUAACCACAUUGCUCAGCACUUGGAACUGCCUUCUAUAAAAUCGGAAGGGAGAGUGCCCCCACUGCUAAUUGUUAACAUUCAGCUUCCCACAUAUGCACCUUCUAUGUUUCUUGGCGAAGGGGACGGGGAGGGCUUGAGCCUCGUGCUAUAUUUUAAGCUCUCGGAGACUUUUGAGAACGACAUAUCUCCCCAUUUCCAAGAAAUGAUCAAGAGAUUUAUCGAGGACGAAAAGGAGGUUGUUAAAGGCUACAGAAAAGAAUCAACUAUUCCUUUCAGAGAAAGACUGAAAAUCAUGGUUGGAGUGGUUAAUCCUGAUGAUCUCGUCUCAAAUAAUACGGAGAGAAAGCUUCUUAAUGCGUACAAUGAAAAGCCUGUUCUUUCUCGCCCUCAGCACAGCUUCUAUGAGGGUCCCAACUACUUUGAGGUUGAUCUUGACAUUCAUCACUUCAGCUUCAUAGCAAGGAAGGGACUUGAUGCAUUCCGUGAGCGGUUAGGCAAUGGAAUAUUGGAUCUUGGAUUGACAAUUCAGGCUCAGAAGCCAGAAGAGCUUCCGGAGCAGGUCCUAGGCUGUGUGAGGUUGAACAAGAUUAGUUUCGUCAACAAUGGGCAAAUUCCAACAAUCGUGAGGCUAGACGAUGUCUGAGUCAAGCGUAGAUUUUUCGGAAAAUGCAACAAAAAAAUGGUUUAAUUUGUGAUGUGGUAUAAGUGUUGGAGGUCCAGCAAUCCCAUGACCAAGUUUGAUGAUGUAAAUUAUGUACUAAUUGCAUUACCCAAAAUUAUGUUUCA